ACUAACGAAUGUCCCGGUGUUUUGUGUUGUGUUCAAUUAAUAGUGACUUAUAAUCGCGUAACAUGAUGUCGCGGUCAGUGCGUGCAGAGACUCGUAGUCGUGCCAAGGAUGAUAUUAAGCGUGUAAUGCAAGUUGUUGACAAAGUUCGCCAUUGGGAAAAAAAAUGGGUUACAAUAGGGGAAACUACUAUGAAGAUUUAUAAGUGGGUGCCUAUUUCAACGCUUGAUCAGAAGAAGAAGGGAAAGACAGUCGCAGACAAAGAAAAUGGUUUACCAAGAAAAAGUGGAUUAGAUUCUUCAAAUUCUAAUUUUGGACUUACAGAAGACUCUAAUACAUGUUUUUCAACAGUCAGCGAUUCCCAAGGGUUAACAGACUUUUCUGCACAUCUGGGAUUUUCAGAAGAUUCAAAUUCACAGAAUAGUGAACCAACACCAAAAAGGUUAAAGACUGAUUAA